AUGUCGCCGACAGCGAUCGUUUACCCAUUGUAUUUUGACUCCAAACGCUCUGCAGGCGAUGGGCGCAAGGUCGCGCUUUCCAGAUCCAUCCCGUCGCCGAAGCUUGCACACUUGGUUACCGCAGCCAAGAAGCUCAACCUGCAAUAUUCUGUUCAGCUUGGAUCCAUUCUUCCAGCAAUCAAGGAUUCGGAGCUGUCGUCCUUGUCUACCGUGGCAGAAAAAAGCGCAAGCGUUGUAAAUAAGGGAAUCCAAGUUCCCGCAAAGCCCCAGGUUGCCUCUUCAUCCUCCGGACCUGUUUUGGUCAUCAAGAAGAAGGAGAAAAAGAAAAAAUAA